UUAAGCGAAUGUCAAGAUUACAUAUUUAAAUUCUAGGAAUCAAAGGAAGCGAUCAAUCGAAGGUCAUUCGUCUUCCGCCUCUCGACUUGUUGAAUUUCUUGAUCGUAAAAGUGCUCUACAGUUACCUACAAUUCAUUUAGUUUUACGCCUUGGUCGAGAGAAAAAAAACUUUAGCUGUGGGUGAAUUUUCCCAAGAACUUCGAGUAACGGAUUGGUUGAAUCCUUACCUCUGUGUUCCAGUUAAGGAGGUUCCUCAAAGCAAGAGAGGUCACGAUCGUGAACAAGACAGCUCUUCAGGUUGCUUGUCUUCAUAAAUCUUCCGCUUUUAUUUCUCUCUCAUCCGCUGUUAAUCAUGUCUAACGCAGCUAAGGAGGUUCCUCAAGGCAAGAGAGAUCACGAUCGUGAACAAGACAGCUCUUCAGCUAUGGAGGUUCCUCAACGCAAGCGCAAGAGAGAUCGCGAUCGUGAACAAGACAGCUCUUCAGGCGACAAUUUACAAAGUACCGAAAAGUUAAAGGCGAACGACAAAGCUGGCGAAAGACAAGCUUUUGGAAAUCUUGGCAUUGCCUAUGAUAACCUAUGCGAUUUUCAUAAGGCAAUCGAACACCAUGAGCGUGACCUACAAAUUGCAAAAGAAGUGGGGGAUAAAGCUGGAGAAGGACGGGCUUAUGGAAAUCUUGGCAUUGCCUAUCACAGGUUAAGCGAUUUUCAUAAGGCAAUCGAGUACCAUGAGCGUCGUCUACAAAUUGCAAAAGAGGUGGGGGAUAAAGCUGGAGAAGGACGGGCUUAUGGAAAUCUUGGCAAUGCCUAUCACAGCUUAGGCGAUUUUCAUAAGGCAAUCGAGUACCAUGAGUGUCACCUACAAAUUGCAAAAGAGGUGGGGGAUAAAGCUGGAGAAGGAGGGGCUUAUGGAAAUCUUGGCAUUACCUAUCGUAGCUUAGGCAAUUUUCAAAAGGCAAUCGAGUACCAUGAGUGUCACCUACAAAUUGCAAAAGAAGUGGGGGAUAAAGCUGGAGAAGGACGGGCUUAUGGAAAUCUUGGCAAUGCCUAUCACAGCUUAGGCGAUUUUCAUAAGGCAAUCGAGUACCAUGAGCGUGACCUACAAAUUGCAAAAGAGGUGGGGGAUAAAGCUGGAGAAGGACGGGCUUAUGGAAAUCUUGGCAAUGCCUAUGACAGCUUAGGCGAUUUUCAUAAGGCAAUCGAGUACCAUGAGUGUGACCUACAAAUUGCAAAAGAAGUGGGAGAUAAAGCUGGAGAAGGACUGGCUUAUGGAAAUCUUGGCAAUGCCUAUGACAGCUUAGGCGAUUUUCAUAAGGCAAUCGAGUACCAUGAGUGUCACCUACAAAUUGCAAAAGAAGUGGGGGAUAAAGCUGGAGAAGGAGGGGCUUAUGGAAAUCUUGGCAAUGCCUAUGACAGCUUAGGCGAUUUUCAUAAGGCAAUCGAGUACCAUGAGCGUCGUCUACAAAUUGCAAAAGAGGUGGGGGAUAAAGCUGGAGAAGGACGGGCUUAUGGAAAUCUUGGCAAUGCCUAUGACAGCUUAGGCGAUUUUCAUAAGGCAAUCGAGUACCAUGAGUGUGACCUACAAAUUGCAAAAGAAGUGGGGGAUAAAGCUGGAGAAGGAGGGGCUUAUGGAAAUCUUGGCAAUGCCUAUGACAGCUUAGGCGAUUUUCAUAAGGCAAUCGAGUACCAUGAGUGUGACCUACAAAUUGCAAAAGAAGUGGGGGAUAAAGCUGGAGAAGGACGGGCUUAUGGAAAUCUUGGCAAUGCCUAUGACAGCUUAGGCGAUUUUCAUAAGGCAAUCGAGUACCAUGAGUGUGACCUACAAAUUGCAAAAGAAGUGGGGGAUAAAGCUGGAGAAGGACGGGCUUAUGGAAAUCUUGGCAUUGCCUAUCACAGCUUAGGCGAUUUUCAUAAGGCAAUCGAGUACCAUGAGUGUCACCUACAAAUUGCAAAAGAAGUGGGGGAUAAAGCUGGAGAAGGACGGGCUUAUGGAAAUCUUGGCAAUGCCUAUCACAGCUUAGGCGAUUUUCAUAAGGCAAUCGAGUACCAUGAGUGUCACCUACAAAUUGCAAAAGAAGUGGGGGAUAAAGCUGGAGAAGGACGGGCUUAUGGAAAUCUUGGCAAUGCCUAUCAGAGCUUAGGCGAUUUUCAUAAGGCAAUCGAGUACCAUGAGUGUCACCUACAAAUUGCAAAAGAAGUGGGGGAUAAAGCUGGAGAAGGAGGGGCUUAUGGAAAUCUUGGCAAUGCCUAUCACAGCUUAGGCGAUUUUCAUAAGGCAAUCGAGUACCAUGAGUGUGACCUACAAAUUGCAAAAGAAGUGGGGGAUAAAGCUGGAGAAGGACGGGCUUAUGGAAAUCUUGGCAAUGCCUAUGACAGCUUAGGCGAUUUUCAUAAGGCAAUCGAGUACCAUGAGUGUGACCUACAAAUUGCAAAAGAAGUGGGAGAUAAAGCUGGAGAAGGAGGGGCUUAUGGAAAUCUUGGCAAUGCCUAUCACAGCUUAGGCGAUUUUCAUAAGGCAAUCGAGUACCAUGAGUGUCACCUACAAAUUGCAAAAGAAGUGGGGGAUAAAGCUGGAGAAGGACGGGCUUAUGGAAAUCUUGGCAAUGCCUAUCACAGCUUAGGCGAUUUUCAUAAGGCAAUCGAGUACUAUAAGUGUGACCUACAAAUUGUAAAAGAAGUGGGGGAUAAAGCUGGAGAAGGAGGGGCUUAUGGAAAUCUUGGCAAUGCCUAUCACAGCUUAGGCGAUUUUCAUAAGGCAAUCGAGUACCAUGAGUGUGACCUACAAAUUGCAAAAGAAGUGGGAGAUAAAGCUGGAGAAGGACGGGCUUAUGGAAAUCUUGGCAAUGCCUAUCACAGCUUAGGCGAUUUUCAUAAGGCAAUCGAGUACCAUGAGUGUCACCUACAAAUUGCAAAAGAAGUGGGGGAUAAAGCUGGAGAAGGACGGGCUUAUGGAAAUCUUGGCAAUGCCUAUGACAGCUUAGGCGAUUUUCAUAAGGCAAUCGAGUACCAUGAGUGUGACCUACAAAUUGCAAAAGAAGUGGGGGAUAAAGCUGGAGAAGGAGGGGCUUAUGGAAAUCUUGGCAAUGCCUAUCACAGCUUAGGCGAUUUUCAUAAGGCAAUCGAGUACCAUGAGCGUCGUCUACAAAUUGCAAAAGAGGUGGGGGAUAAAGCUGGAGAAGGACGGGCUUAUGGAAAUCUUGGCAAUGCCUAUCACAGCUUAGGCGAUUUUCAUAAGGCAAUCGAGUACCAUGAGUGUGACCUACAAAUUGCAAAAGAAGUGGGGGAUAAAGCUGGAGAAGGAGGGGCUUAUGGAAAUCUUGGCAAUGCCUAUCACAGCUUAGGCGAUUUUCAUAAGGCAAUCGAGUACCAUGAGCGUGACCUACAAAUUGCAAAAGAGGUGGGGGAUAAAGCUGGAGAAGGACGGGCUUAUGGAAAUCUUGGCAAUGCCUAUCGCAGCUUAGGCGAUUUUCAUAAGGCAAUCGAGUACCAUGAGUGUGACCUACAAAUUGCAAAAGAAGUGGGGGAUAAAGCUGGAGAAGGAGGGGCUUAUGGAAAUCUUGGCAAUGCCUAUCACAGCUUAGGCGAUUUUCAUAAGGCAAUCGAGUACCAUGAGUGUGGCCUACAAAUUGCAAAAGAAGUGGGGGAUAAAGCUGGAGAAGGACGGGCUUAUGGAAAUCUUGGCAAUGCCUAUCACAGCUUAGGCGAUUUUCAUAAGGCAAUCGAGUACCAUGAGUGUGACCUACAAAUUGCAAAAGAAGUGGGGGAUAAAGCUGGAGAAGGACGGGCUUAUGGAAAUCUUGGCCAUGCGUACUUUCUACUUAAUGAUACGUCUAAAGAUCGAGGAUCGUUUUCGAGUGCCCUUGACUGCUUUAUUUCCAGUUUGUCAAAGCUCAAUGAAAUUAGGGCUCAUCUCCGGUUUAAAGACGAGUGGAAAAUUAGCUACCGCGAUACGUAUAAUAGUGUAUACAAUAAUUUGUGGCGUCUCCAUCUAAGCCAAGGUGAAGUUCGUGAUGCCUUGCGAGUUGCUGAGGGUGGACGGGCACAGGCUUUAAAAGAUCUCAUGGAAGAAAAUUAUGGGUGUCAAGAGGUAUACUCUCAGUCUCAUUCCUCAGGAAAGUCAAGUGGCUCCUCUUUUAGAUCCAUUCCUUCAACAACAGUUUUCAUAGCUCUUGAUAAACAAGAGAUCAUUUUCUGGGUUAUAAGAAAGGAUGAAGAAGUCACCUUGAGGAGAAGAAAGGUAGGAGAUAUUUCAGAAGAAGAUGUGAGAGCUUUCCUUACGACUCUACACAGUACUGCCUUGAACGAAAUUGGUGUACGUGCUGGCGUCAAAAUUGAAAAUCGCUCGCUUGUUCAGUUGCGUGAGGGGGAGUGCAUGACUGAAAAGGCCUCUUGCAGUGUUUCUCAGCCUGUUUCAUCAAAGGAGAGUUUAAAGAGGUUUUUUGACCUUAUAAUUGCUCCUAUUGCUGACCUGGUCCAUGGAGAUGACCUCAUUCUCGUUCCGGAGGGUUCAUUGUGUUUGAUACCCUAUGCAGCACUGAUUAACCCAGAGCAGGAGUAUCUGUGCGAUUCCUUAAGAAUCAGAUUGAUUCCGUCCUUGACUACUUUGAAAUUAGUUACUGAUUGUCCAGCUGACUUCCACAAUACGAAAGGCGCACUUCUAGUGGGAGAUCCGUACCUAAAUGGAAUUGUCUAUAAAGGAACAAAGUAUUGUCGGCUGCCAUAUGCAAAGAAAGAAGUAGAGAUGAUUGGGAGAAUCCUAGGAACAGUUCCCCUCAUUGGAGAGAAGGCGUCUAAAGGAGAAGUCUUAAAGCGACUAUCUACGGUUGCUUUGGUGCACAUCGCCGCCCAUGGCGGAAUGGAAACAGGAGAAAUUAUUUUGGCCCCAAACCCAGCUGGGAAAUCCCUUCAUCUUGAGGAGAAAGACUUUUUGUUGACGAUGAAAGAUGUGUUAGAAGCUAAGCUGCGGGCAAGGUUGGUUGUGUUGAGUUGUUGUCAUAGUGCUCAUGGGCAAAUAAAGGCUGAGGGGGUGGUUGGCAUUGCUCGAGCAUUCUUAGGUGCUGGGGCUCGUUCCGUUUUGGUGUCCCUCUGGGGGAUUGAUGACGAGGCUACUUUCCAGUUUAUGAAACAUUUCUAUAAAGAACUAGUGAAAGGAAGGAGGGUCAGUGAAGCUCUUAACCAAGCCAUGAAAUGUAUGAGAGAGUCUGGGGAGUUCAGGGAAGUAAAGUACUGGGCACCAUUUGUUCUCAUUGGGGACGAUGUCACUCUGGAGUUAAAUGGAACUAAUUCAGUUUAGUUGCUGCUCAAUAUGGUUGCCGCUCGAAGAAGAUGAAUGCAAUCUAGAAUCGUAAUUGGCCGUAAUUGGAAUGGGUCUUGUUAUGACAAACCCUUUCAAUGGGAUAGACGGUACUGUCUUAUAUUUCAAACAGCAUGAAAUGAAUCAAAAUUUGGGAGUUUGGAAAUAAUCUGGCUCUCUUUGCGUAGCGAAAAAUAAAUGUUAGUCGGCGGAAACUUUUUUAUAUCCGCCCACCGUAUCCCAAAUCGUAACAAACCAUAGUCACUGGUUUGACUUUAUAUGUUGUAACUUAUCGAAUUUGUAAAUCGACUUGAUAGCGCCCAUAUACACGAUUUAAAUGAACAAAUAUAUUGGUAUUAAAUUGAAGAACAAGUAAGACACGAGUUUUGAGUUUCAAAAAUAUGGACACUACACAGGCGGCGGAGUAGGGGGGAAGGGGGCCCCCUCACCAAGUAAUCUGUUUUUAGAGCCCUUUAGUUACGGUAAUAGACUUGAUGGAAUUUCAUUUACCAAUUUGGGUAAAGAGCCUAGCUCUUUUUAAUUAUACUCAAGUCUCUGUAAGAAGCAUGCGUAGUUUUGAGAUGUCACAUUUUCAGUAAGGAGACCUGUGAAACCACUGUAGGCCUUGAGUGUGGUUAGUUUCGGUGUCCUGUUCGAUAUAGAAAGAGAACCGUCCUAGAUCGGGGCAGGGAAAUAUUAGUUAACAUUUUUCAGUCAGAAAUAAUAAGUAACUUUGAAAGAUUCUCCUUCCGCGCAGAUGUUGCAGCUCAGCGGGUUCAAAAGCAAGAAUGGGGAGCCAACUUUGCAUAGUGUUAAAGAAUAAGAUCACGGGCUCUGUUGAACUAAUUUGAGUUAGGUUAUAAUAAUUUAAUUGGAUUGAUAUUUUGUUUUUGAAGUUGUUUAAGUUCACUUAAAAUAUUCUCGUACACCGUUUUCAUAGGCAGGUGCUGUAUAAGGUGACUGUUGAUAUCAAACAAGUAGUUGAAUGAUUGCUCGUGUUUAUUUUAGCGCGCAAAUGUAUAAGUAUUGUUAGCGCGCAAAUGUAUAAGUAUUGUACCUCACGAAGUGCUUUGAAUUCAAGAUUGGCUUUUAGGUAUAUACGCGUUGAAUAACUUAUUUAAAUGCAGUAAUUUGGGGAUCAGUUUCUGGUAUGGUUUUAGCGCAAACGGAAAUUACCGUCUUCGAAUUCAUAGAUAUGCUAAAACUGAUUUGUUUUUAUAGUAUAAUCUUCCCUUCUUGGAGGUGCUUUCAACUAAGAAGCUGAGUCAUUAUUUUCGGUCUUCACCGUUUUGACCUAAUACUAGUCUUUCACAAUCUAUUGCUUCCUGGAAUUUCUAGAAUCACUGAUUUAGCGCCAUGACCUGAUGUUUUUAUUUUUUUUUGCCACUUGUGCUGAAGCCAUGCCAAACCAAUGCUCUUCAGCUAAUAAUAUUUGUGGCUAUUUUUCACAACUUAGAAAAUAUUAUGCCACCAGUGUGACUGAAUUACUAACUAGUUUCCAGUUAACUUAUGGAAAGUAGGCACUACCAUCGGUAGGCCCUUCUCCAAAUACGAAUUGAUUGCUCUUGUUGCAUUUACAUUUAGCCCUUUGACUCCCAUGAGUGACCAAGACAAAAUUUCUCCUUACAAUAUCAAUACAACAUCAAGCAGACAAGUAAUGAGUUUAAAGAAAAAUAUCAAUGAAGGGAUUGUUAAUUGAUCCAAUACCAAAUUUUCCAAAGUAACAUCAUAAGAAUUGAUUGACUGAGAGUAAGGAGAAUUUCUGAUGAGAUCUUGGGAGCGAAAGGGUUAAACUGUGUUUCUGUAAACGAAUUCAUGUUACAGUUAAUGAAUUUCGUUAAAGUUGUAUCUACCAGUUUUUAUAUUGCUCACGUUGGAUUAUUUUGGCCAGGAAACCUGCAUAGGACAACAAAACUUUUAACAUGAAAAAUGUUAUGACCAUGUGCAUCUGAACUUAGGUCCGUAUGCUGAUCAUCUCUUUGCACAAGCGCAGUUUGGUUACAACCUACUAUGCAAGGCAUUACGUAAGCAUAAAUUAAGAACAGUUGAUAGUUUGAUGACCUACUGUCAGUCUCUUGUCAGUUCUAGCCCGGUCACUUUGAAAGUACGUGAGCAACAACCUCGUAGGCUGUGGAACAGUUACCAGCUGAACAGUUAAGUUGUCAAGUUAAGCCUAACAAGUUGUACUACAAUCCAAGCUAUUAAACAAGUGUGAUUUAACA